UUCACUAUACUAUUCUAUAAAUUAUAAUCACAAUUUCUUGGAAAAAAAGGUGUGAGGUGAGGACGUGGCACGGGCCCAAAUGCUCGUACUGAUUUGUACCAAGUGCAUAAUUAACGCCUGAUCAUUUACUUGACAAUAAUACCCUUCAUAAUAAUAAUCUCCAUUUUUUUUAACUCCUAGUAUUCUAGUAAAGUUUCCAUUCUAAUUCUAUGGCUGUAGAAACUAAAAUCUGAAUGUUAAUGAUUAAUUAAACAUGAUUAAUGAAGACAGGGUAAUGGAGAAUGCAAUUAAGCGGGAGUUACAAUUUAAACAGAAGAUUGCUAAUUUAUUUCCAGAUCAUGAUGCUAUUGAUGUUCUUCCCUUGGAGGUGAAACGAUGGAAAGCUUUGAUUUCGAAGAGAAACAUAUCCACUGAUGGAAGAACAGAUUGCAGCCAAACAACAACAACCUGUAAAUAUGAAUCUGAUGAUGAAAUUAAUGCUAUAGGUAACAUCUCAAGGAACAACUCGAAUGUAAAAAGACGUAAAGCUUUGAUUUCCAAGAACAAGAAAUCCGAUGUUAGAGUAAUUGAUUGUGGUGCACCAACUUAUAUACACAACGAAGCUUCUCAGGAAACGUUAAAACAUUUGGAAUCUGAUGAACGAAGUAUCAUCAUCAAGAGUAUGACAUCGCCACCACGUCCAUCAUUAAGCCCUACGUAUACUUACUCACGUAGGAAGAGAAAUGCAGAGUCCAGUAACUCUGGCUUUGUGUCAAUUCAACAGCAGCAUACACCAAACGUAAUGCACUACUGUAAAGACUGUGAAGUUUACUGCUCUGGAGAUCUAUGUUACGAGCUUCACUUGAGAGGUAACAAGCACAAGGUAAAACUGCAAUGCCGGGGAUAUUCAAAUGUCAGCGGGAAAAACAAGCAAGUUAUAAGAUGUGACUUGUGUGAAAUUUACUGCCAGGACGAAAAUUUAUUAAAGAUGCACCUUAAAGGUCAGAAACACAAGGCUAAACAAUAUGAGAUGGAACACGGAAAGAAGAUCAAAGAUGAGAAAAGGCAACUAUUGUGGUGUGAAUUAUGUCAAGUUCCAUGCAUGAAUGAAGAUAAUUUCAUAUCACACCGCAAUGGGAAAAAGCACCGGAGACAACUGUGUGUUCUUGAGGAGCUGAAGAAAGCUGAACCUCGAGGACUCUAUCAUGCCUAAUUUUGGAUCCACACAACAGAAGGUGAACUGCGGAAGCUUGCCAACAGAUUGUUGAAUUUCUUAGAUGAUUGAAAACAUAUUACACAGUAACAACUAAGCAAAAUAUUGAUGCAACAUUGUUCCAAGUACUAGUUUUACCGGUGUUAAAUCACAUUUUAGCUACUGCA